AUGCGUCGCCGCAGUCCAUCAGUGAAAGUCGCCUGCCGUGUGUGUCAUGACCGGCGCGUCAAAUGCGACCGCAGUGAAGGCGUCGCAUGCUCCAACUGCCGAAAUGCCCGACGCGAUUGUCAGCCGAUUAUUUCUCGUCGUGGACGGAGACGAAAACUGCCUCUCCUGCCUACUGGAGCAGGCCCAAACAGCAGUCUUUCAGGUGUCACUCAAAAGGUGCUGGAUGGUCGACUGACCCAGACGACUUCAACACCAGUUUCAUCCACUCAGUAUGCCCAAAGCAACAGGGAAAAGCAGCAGCAAGAUCCAUGCUUUCCAGCUAUCGGGAUGAACGGUAGAACUCCAUAUGUUGGAGAUUCCUCUAACCUCAACUAUUUAAUCCAACAAUUUGGAAACCCCUUUGGGGGUGCCACAGAUGCUCGCCAACUCCAAGACCAUCUUCAAGGCGCAAUGCUGGCCAGACUAGGCAAGUCGACGACACAAGAGAUAGAAAGUCUUCACGUGUCUACUCGUGAAUACUUACAGAAGCAAGGAAUAUUCGAUCUGCCGUCACAAAAGACAAGCCAGGCCCUUCUCGACGCUUACUUCCACCAUUCACAUGCUGCCCUACCCAUUCUUGAUACGUCGAGAUUCCUCGUCACUCUCGAAGAGAGCUCAUUCUCACACUUACUCUUGAAUGCAAUUUAUCUCGUCGCUACCACCUAUUGUUCGGAUUCGGUCAUUUCAGAAGCCGGCUUUGUAUCCCGAUACGCCGCAAGCCAUACCUUCUAUCAGAGAGCCAAAGCGGUUUAUGAUGCUGGAUAUGAAACAGAUGCGAUCGCGACAAUUCAAGCUACUUUCCUUAUCUGUCACUGGUGGAGUGGCCUCCUAGAGCAGAAAGACCCUUGGCACUGGCUGGGUAUUUCCGCCGGAUUGGCACAGGCUUUGGGGAUGCACCAAGCGAGGUCGUACAUCCACCUCGAUGAGAACGAUCGGAAAACAUGGCGAAGGUUGUGGUGGAUAGCCAUGGACAUCAAUCUGUCUAUGCUUCUUGAUCGUCCACCUCGCGUACAAGGAAGACUGUGCAAUGUUCCGCCUUUGUCGGAAGCAGAUUUUGAACAAGUCAAUGGUCUUCAAGCAGCAGAGACCAUUUGUAGAAAUCUCAAUGAGGCAAAUAUCUUCGUGAUUAAUUCUGUGCAACUAGCUCAGACAGUGGAUCGAUUUUUCUCUAUCAAAUAUGACGAAGACAGUACUCACUUGCAAGACGUCUGCUUAGAGCAGAUUUCGUUGUGGUCGUCAUCACUCCCCUCGGACUGCAAGUCUUUGUCAACGACGAGCAGCAUAUGGGAUAUAUUGAGUCAGAUCCUAUACCAGGAAUACCGGCUGGUCUUGCAUCGGAGCAACCCUAGGUUUUCUACCGACACAGGCCCCGGCAGCCAGGCGUUCGAAAUAUGUACAGAGAUCUCUCACAUGCUUGAAAUACUCAUAGCAAAGGAUCUGGUCUAUGCUACCGCGGGAAACAUAAUCGCUCCCGUGCUGUCUGUGCUGUCGAUUCAUAUUGUCAACAUCCGCACAGGUGACACUGGUCUGCGAAUAAUUUCCGAAAAUCGUGCCCAUCUGUGCAUGGGUAUACUUAAUAAAUUGCAAGAUCGGAUGCCGAUAGUUGCAACAUUCUACCCAAUCUAUGAGUCCCUGCUCAAUCGAUACUCUGUUGGUGUGCCAAAACGGGAUGGCACAGGAGUACACGAACAUCCGCCAAGAAUACUUUCGACGCAAGAAGCACCUCUUCAACUUGAUAUUGGAAGUAGACAUGCUAGUAUGGAACCUUCCGAGAGUUUGUUCGACCAAGCCCUGCAUGACAGCAUGAGUACAACCUUGCCUUUUUCGUUUCCAUUCGGCAGUUUCUUUGAAGAGUUCUUUCUGAGCCCGAGUUCUCAGCCUAUAGUCGGGUACUGCGAGAACGAGGUCUCGUCUGCUCAGUGA